AUGUUGGUUUUUGGGGUUUUUGGCAUUUACACGCACGGUCUUCAAGGAACCGCAUUUCUCGUGUACCUCAUCUUCGUAAUGAUGUUGAAUCGUCGGGUUACUUUUGGAGAAACACGGCUGCUGCUGCGAGAGUUUCGAUUGAGUUUUCUUCUAGGGAAGUGGAAGAAAAUCGGCUUACUGGUGGAUACCCAGCAACUCAUGUUCGAGGCAAUAAUAACCUUGGACUUCUCCAGACCCGAACCGAAACUUACUUUUCAAGAGCGACCGACAUCGCAGCUUUUCGAUUCGCCGAACACGUCGUUGUUUGAGCUGGUGAUCAGCCCUUUGCGCGCCAGCGACGAAGGAGUUUACAAGUGCGAUAUAACUUACUUGGAGGUGAAGGAUGAAUGCGCAGUUGUUCAAUUCGUCAACUUGACGACACGUGUCAAGGAACCCCGACAGUUUCCUGCGUGA